UACGUGUCCAAAACAGAUCAACUUCCGGGUUUUCGACGUACGUGUAAAAUUCAGAUCAAUCAAUCUAAAUUUUGUAGUCACAAAACCGACAGAAGACUGCAUAAUUUCAGGACGAGUGGACAGAACAGCCGCAAAGAUGGAGGGACGAUACAACAUGAAAAGUCCAGCUGUGAAGCGGCUGAUGAGGGAGGCAAAAGAAAUGCAUGAGCCGACAGAACAGUAUUACGCCCAACCGCUGGAGGACAACUUGUUUGAGUGGCACUUCACCGUGCGUGGUCCCCCUGACUCAGACUUCCAGGGAGGGAUGUACCACGGGCGCAUCACGCUGCCUCCUGAGUACCCAAUGAAGCCUCCCAGCAUCAUGCUGCUCACUCCCAAUGGAAGGUUUGAAACUGGGAAGAAGAUUUGUCUGAGCAUCUCUGGACAUCACCCUGAAACAUGGCAGCCAUCUUGGAGCAUUCGUACAGUCCUGUUAGCCAUCAUAGGCUUCAUGCCGACCAAGGGGGCUGGUGCGAUCGGAUCCCUGGACUACACACCAGAAGAACGCAAGAUACUGUCUCGAAAGUCCCAGGAGUGGAAGUGCGAUACCUGUGGAACCACCAACAAAACCAUGCUGAAGCCUCCCUCCAAUCACCCCACAGACGCAGACAGGGAAGCCCAGGAACUGGCCUCACAGAUCAGCUUCAAGGGGGAAGCUGAAAAAGGAAAAGACCAAUCUGGUGCUGGAAACACAAGCACAGCCCAGACCCCGCCCACAGACGGUGACCCCACGACCCAAGGGUCAGCAACCCCAUCCCAGGGUGCACCAGGGACACAGGUGCCACCUGGCAACCCUGUUCCCCCCAUGUUUCCCUACAUGGUCCCCCCUCCCUAUGCCAUGUAUGCAGCUGGCUACCCCAAUGCCAUGCAGCAAAUGGGUGGUACUGCAGCGCCUCCACAGGCUACAGAUGGAACUGCAGCUCCACAGCCCACCACUGCAAGCUCUUCCAACACUAACCUGUCCAGUCAGCAGGGUGCUACAACUCAACCAGCGCAAGCUAGGACCAGUGUCAGACAACGAGCCGUGCACGCUACGAAUAAUCCCGCCUCAGGCGUUGCCCGGCAGUUGCCAAGGCAACAGCAAGUCAGCGCCGGUUCCUGUUCACUCCUCUUAAUGGUUGUCUUAACGUUGUCCAUAGCGUUCCUCAUACUGCGAAGGGUUUAUCUCACAAACAUGUGGAGAUGGGACUAUGAGAUUUGACACUAGAUGUUUAUUUCUGACUGGUUUAGAAGCUAUGGUUAAGAGUAAGUAUCAUCUUGUAUUUUAACAAGGAAGAUACAUUCUUGCAAUGUACAAGGACUUACAAGCCAUUAAGGGAAAGAUGUAGACAACUAGAAUUAUCUGAUAUACAUGUGUUAGGUGGGGUAAUAUCAAUAUAGAAGUGAAAACUGUGUACAGAAAGAUAAGGACGUCUCAUUAACAAAGUUUCUGUUAAUUGAACUUGUAAAGAUAGUCUGACAACACUUUUUUUCCUGAUGUCAACAUGCAAUAUUGACUCAUUCCAAGUAUUUUGUUUUUCCCAUUUUAAAGUUUUAUUUUAACAUACAGAAACAAUAUUAGGUCACACAGUGAAAAUGGUAAGAAUUUGAGUUGUAAAGAAAUAAAGAAGUUAUUAUGGGGGUGGGGGGAGAAUUGUGAUAUUUCGUUUAUCUCAGAGUACACUACAUGUGUAGUUACUAAUGCCUGCCCCACUUAUUUUCUGCAACACAAUUUUGCUAAAUGCAGUUGGUGGUAUGAAAUUUGAUAGCCAUUUAGAAGUUUUUGUGGACAUAGACCCCAAAGUUGGGGGAACGGUUUCCACAAAAUUGAAUACUCAAACACCACUGUGGGACAGUCUCUUUGGAACCUUUCACAAAACAGGAAAAUUGAAAAGUUGGGAGGGCAACCAAAACAUAACAACGAGGGCUGCUAGGAAAGCAAUUUAAUAAGGCUAGGGUAGUUGCAAUUCUACCUUAGAAAUGUAAUGCCAUAAAGGAAUAGAGAAUAGCUAAUAUUCUUAUCAUUGCUAUAUUGAAACAUGUACAUGUGGCCUGGGUAACGUUACCAUCCGGACAGUAGUUCACUCUGACAUUUCUGAUACACUAUAUACAGUUGCUUCUCGCUCCAACUUUUGUUACACACUAUGUACAGUUGCUUCUCUGAUAUUAUUAUUAUUUGGGUAGCAGCGAACUAUUACCGGGAUCGUACCCAGGCAAAAAAGUAUGUGGAAACAUGAACAAGUUGUAAAAAGAUAACUUACUGCAUUUAUUGUACAUCGCACUGUAAGUUGUGUAACGCAAUAAAAGUAAAGUUACACCACAUCAUUUUAACGUGACUUCUAGGAUUAAAAAUCACAACAGAA